ACCCACCUACGCAGAAAUCCCCACCUACCGUGGGGGAGGAGGGAUUCCAUGGACUGGAAAGGAAGAAGCAAAGCUGUCCUCUAGACAGAUGCCACAGGACACAAGCGCAGACCUGUAGAUGCAGACGCACUCCGUGCCCCCGCCAGCCGGUCCGGAUGGAGUCCCAGAGCACCCCCGAGACCACUACCUACUUUGAUUAUGACCCCCGGAGCUUCCUGUGUGAGAACGAGGCCCUCACGCUCGCCACCUUCACCACCACCGUCCUGUACCCUCUGGUGCUGCUGCUCAGCCUGGUGGGCAACAGCCUGGUGCUGUGGGUGCUGGUGAAGUUCGAGAGCCUCGAGUCCCUCACCAACCUCUUCAUCCUCAACCUGUGCCUCUCGGACCUGGUGUUCUCCUGCCUGCUGCCCGUGUGGAUACCAUUUCUGCCUGACAAAUUUGAAUCCAAUCAUGACUUUGUGGAUGAGAAGUACAGGAAGGGCUCAGCAUGGCGGUUCUCACCUUGGGUGGCUUGA